AUGUCCGAGUCCGAAGGAGCCAGUCAUCCACCCUCGCCCGAACCGAGCAAUCCCGCACCCGAAGCCUCUCCCGGGCGACGCCGCAGAACCCGAAGAACGCAACUCCAGCAAGGAGCGAUGAAUGAUCUUCCUUACAAUCCAGACCAGACCAUUGCACCCGUUGCCACCCAGGUGCGAGACUACACCGUUCCCAUGACUGGCCAGAUCCAAACGGCCGGUGGCCAGAUGCGAGAAGUUGUCGUUCCCGCGACAGCCCAGGUCACCCACACGGCCGCUGCGGUGUCCGAAGGCGGCGAUCGUCGCGGUCGAGAUACUCUCAAGCUCAAGCUGGAGCUAAACCUGGAUGUUGAUGUCCAGCUCAAAGCCAGAGUUCAUGGCGACAUUACGCUUUCGCUUCUGUAA